AUGAGGUACACAAACCAUCUGAGGAAUUCGAUCAAACACAUCCAAAAGAUCAUCUCACAGGAUCAAAAUGUCGUCAACGUUGAUCGAUAUCGCGUCUCGAUAAAAGCGGGCAAUGGUGGCACCGGAUUAGCUAGGUACAACGGCGUUGGUGGCAGUGGAGGUAAUGUGUAUUUCGUCACUCGUCCCGACAUGGCGUUCACCGCGUUUCCUACAGCGAAAGCAUUCAAAAAUGGAAAGAUGGUCGCCAAAGCGGAAAAUGGACUGCCGAGCAUUCAAACGAGACUCAAUGGAGAAAAGGGAAAUGACUUGGUGCUACCAAUUCCUUUGGGCGUGGAAAUCGUUGAAGAGGAGCGAAAUCUUUUACUUGCAAGACCCCAUCGAGUGCAUCAACGGAUAUUAAUUGCUCGUGGAGGCGAAGGAGGGCAUUCGGGAAAUGGUUUUAUACCUCAGAAAGGCGAACAAGUCGCUGUGACGGUACAUCUGAAAUUACGACCAAACAUUGGACUUGUUGGGUUCCCGAAUGCUGGAAAAUCAACUCUUUUGCAAGCAUUUCUGCCAAGGAAAUCGGUCAAGAUUGCGCCAUAUCCGUUUACUACCUUGAAACCACAGAUUGGUUUUUGGAGUCCAAAUAAGGUCAUUCCUGAGGAAGAGGAGCCUUUCACAUUGACAUUAGCAGAUUUGCCAGGGCUAAUCGAGGGUGCUUCGCAAAAUCGCGGAAAGGGAUAUCAGUUUUUGAAACAUCUCGAAUACUGUGGGAUACUGCUCCUGGUUAUCGACGUAAAUGGAUUUCAAUUGAAGAAUUCUCUAGAAGAACCAUUCAGGAAUGCUCUUGAAACGAUUGCCCUCCUCAACAUUGAGCUUGAAAGUUACGAUAAGCGAAUAACGAGGAAACCGGCGGUGGUGUUUGUAAAUAAGUUGGAUAUUGCAAAAGAUAUUGAGGGUGCACAUCGACUUCGGGAUACAUUACGAGAGACAAAUUGGUGGAAAGAUUUACCAAAGGAUUUACAACCGAAGCUCCCUUUGACUUUCGAUGGAGUGGUGCUCGCGUCUGCUAAAAACGGUGAUAUUGAUGAGUUGAAAAAUCUACUGACUCGAAUACACAAAAAUUCGUUGAUUCGAGAUAUUCCUGAGGAUUUACUUUCUAAACCAACGAAAUAUCUAGUU